AAACACCACAACACCACACCACACCUGUCCUGUCCAGGCACCCGUCUCGCACUAGUGCUCCCCUCCCCUCUGGGAUGACUGGCUCGAGUCGAACCGCAUGAUGGCCCUGUGCCUGUCCCGUCGUUCUGCUCUGUUUCGCCGGACGCUCGCACCCCCCCAUGGGGAGACGCUUGGAGGAGUGAUGGAGAUCUCUUUGCGGGCUACUGGUCGUCGCACCGGUGCGAGGCCCUAUUCCCAGUCCGGCAAGAAAUACCAACAGCAACAAAACCAACACCAGUCCCACGAAACCCCUCCCCGGAGCACCUUUGGCUCCCGUCUGCGCUUCGCCCUGCGCAACACCAAGGUCGAAUGGUACCCUAUCCCCAUCGGCCUGGGCAUCGGCCUGAUCGGCCUGUUACAGUUCUACAAAGCCCAGCGCCCCCCGCGGCCAAAGGUCCGCCUGAGCGGCCCAUGGCAGGUCCAGAUCAUGUCGACCCUGCCGCUGAAGGCCAUGUCGCGGCUGUGGGGACGCUUCAACGAGAUCGAACUGCCCUACUACCUCCGCGUCCCCGGAUUUAAACUCUACUCUUGGAUCUUCGGCGUCAACCUGAGCGAGGUCGCGGAACCCGACCUGCACACCUACCCCAACCUGGCGGCCUUCUUCUACCGCAAACUGAAACCGGGGGUCCGGCCGCUGGACCCCGACACGCGCGCGAUCCUCGCCCCGUCGGACGGACGCAUCCUGCAGUUCGGACUGAUCGAGCGUGGCGAGGUUGAGCAGGUCAAGGGCGUCACAUACAGUCUGGAUGCGCUGCUGGGGGCGGCGACCCCCAACCACGCCGACCACAGCGACAAGUUCACGGACCACCAGGACGAGCCGGCACAGAAGAACGAGGCCAAGAUGCUGGCGGACGCCGAGUUCGCGCAGAUGAACGGCAUCUCCUACACGCUGCCCACCCUGUUGGCGGGCGAGCAGAGCGCCCGCAAGCGGUCGACCUCGAUCGACGCCUCCACGCACCCCAAGGAGUCCGCAGAGGAGGAAGUGAAGGCCGACCUGGCCCUCGGGGACGGUGCCCCGUGGUACGCCCCCAAGCCGACGUCCAACAACGCCCUGCACUACGUGGUGAUUUACCUGGCGCCGGGCGACUACCAUCGGUUCCACUCGCCGGUGCCGUGGGUGGUGCAGAGCCGGCGACACUUCGCAGGCGAGCUGUUCUCGGUGUCGCCGUACCUGCAGCGCCACCUGCCGGGGCUGUUCACGCUGAACGAGCGCGUGGUGCUGCUGGGCCGGUGGCGGUGGGGAUUCUUCAGCUACACGCCGGUGGGCGCGACGAACGUGGGGUCGAUCAAGGUCAACUUCGACGCGGAGCUGCGCACCAACAGCCUGACGACCGACACGGCGGCGGAUCUGGCGGCGGUGGAGGCGGCCAAGCGCGGCGAGCAGUACCCGGGCUUCGCGGAGGCGACGUACCUGCACGCGAGUCGCACGCUCGGCGGACACCCGCUGCAGCGGGGCGAGGAGAUGGGCGGGUUCCAGCUGGGCAGCUCGAUCGUGCUGGUGUUCGAGGCGCCGGUGGGUUCGCGCAAGUCGUUUGACGCGGGGUGGGAGGAAGGAACGCGUGAGGGCGGAUGGAACUGGACGAUCGAGAAGGGGCAGCGCAUCCAGAUGGGCCAGAAGCUGGGAUAUGUGGAUGCCGACCACUAGACUCGCUGGGCGGGGUGUAAUAUAGCUGUAAAUGCUGUUCUAAU